AACACAACAAAUUGAGAAGAUAGAGUUCUCGUUCUCCUAUUUCCGGGAAAAUGCAUUAUCGUUUUCUAACAACUGAGGCUGAAUUUGAAAUACGGGCCAGUUUGUCCAAUGGGCCUCAGAAAUCCAGGGAGCCCAAUUCUCACUUUUUCUUUAAAACCCUUUUUCACAAAGCCGAAGGGAAAACCCUAGAAAUCCUUGCUUCAGAGCGGCGCUGCACAGCUUGCUGUGAACCAUCAGUCUCGUAUUUCUUCUCUCAGUUUGAAACGAUGUCGAUUUCGGAACUUGCUUGCUCUUACGCUGCUAUGAUUCUUAUUGAUGAUGACAUCUCGGUCACCGCUGACAAGAUUGCAGCAAUAAUUAAAGCUGCAAAUUUGUCGGUUGAAUCUUAUUGGCCAAACUUGUUUGCCAAGCUUGCUGAGAAGCGCAACCUUGAGGAUCUCAUAGCCAAUGUGGGAGCUGGUGGUGGUGGUGCUGCAGUUUCUGUAGCUCCACCCGCUGCUGGUGGUGGCGGAGGUGGUGCUGCUGCUCCACCUCCUGCUGAGGAAAAGAAGAAGGAGGAACCAGAAGAAGAGAGUGAUGAUGAUAUGGGAUUCAGUUUGUUUGAUUAGGAGCUCCUUUCAGCGAGUGAUUUGGUUGAUUACUGGUUUAGUGCGUUAAGCUAUAACAGCAGUUACUGUUUGAGUUUUAUUGUAUUGGUAUUGGUAUUUGUCUGUUGAUUAGAGGUACAUGUAUUCUUAAAUGAAGUGACACUGAGUAGCUGUUCCUUUUUGAGCAAUGUUAGAAUCUUUCUAUAUAUAUAUAUGUCUUCCUAGA